GGCUGUUACUUGUAUUUUUAAAAACAUGUCACAGAUGAGCGAGACUGAUUCAAACUUUAACAAAGUCCUUAGGCCAUGUGCAGCAGAUUUCGAUAUAUUCUAAUGUAUUGUAUUAUCAAGACUUGGGGCUCAAUCGGCGGCAUUUGUCUUCUCACUUCCACUGGAUCUGAGCAAAUUCAGAAUGUCGAGUGCUUCAGAAUCUCACAAUUCAGACCCCGAAACCCCUAUUCAAGAUGAACCAAGCAGAUCUCAUUCACGGCCCCAGAACCGAGACAACCCUCAAAAUCAAGAAAUCCCUGCUCGAGAAGGCCCGGAAUCCCGCCUUGAAGAAAACCCCGAGGAAGAAUUAUCAGGUGAGGCUCUUCCUCGACUUCCUUCUUCUUCUUCUUCUGAGGCGGCGGCUGCUCCACCGAUCGGUGGAAACUUGCUUGAUGCCAAUUCGGCGUCGCCAUCCAACCCUAUCCAGCGCGUUUUCAAGCGUAAGAAGGGUAAUAACGCCAAGAGGGUACAGGCUAUGGAGAAGAAAUUGAGUGCCCUUGAGAGGAGUUUGAACCCUAUCCCCUUUAGGCCCGCCAAGAAUUUUGAUUUUAACAAACACGAGAAGCUGUUGAAGCAGCUGGGGUUGUGGGACUUUGUUCACAUUGAGUUCGAUCAAAAUAUUAGGGCAGAUUUGAUUGCCCAGUUGGUUGUAUGGUAUGAUCCGAGACUUAGGGCUAGCUAUGUGAAUGGAUAUAGGAUCGCUGUGAAUAGAGCCGAUUUAGGACGGGCUCUAAAGUUGCAUGUGAAGAAGGAGAAGGGUGCUGAAUUGGAUGGGGAGUCCUUGUCCGAUGAAUCCAUUGAAUUCAUUGAAGAUUUUGUGUCAAAUUGGGUGCUCUUGCACGAGGACACGUGGAUAAUGCCGGAUGAGGUGGUGAGCUGGUUGAAACUUAUCAAGAACAAGCACCCAGAGAAGGUAGACUGGCCUGGGCUGUUCUGGUUCAUGGUGGAGAAAGAGUUUUCAUGUGGGGAGCAGUUGGAGGACUGUUACUAUGCUUCACAUUUGCAGUGUUUAAUUAGGUCACAACGUGAAGAGCUGUUGUUAAGCGAGAACCCGUCCGAGAAGGCUCAAAACAAAAAGGAAUUUUCGAACGAGCAGCCCGAGAAGGCUCAACAUGAAGGGGAAUUGUUGAAUGAGGAACCUCAGAAGGCACUACUCCUUAAAGACAAUAUCUUUACCGAUGAACCUGAAAAGUUACAAAACAAAGACGAGAUGUUCACAGAGGAGCAUAACAAUGUGGAAGGAGACAACAAGCAAGAGGAAGGUGAGCGUGAUGUGAAAGUGGGUCAAGAAGAAGGGGCUGUGUUCAAAGAGCCAAAUGUUGAGCUCACAUUGGGCCCGGAUAUGGAAGAAGAUGUGGAGAUGAUAGAUUCCGAGGAGCAUGUAGAACAAGAAGAAGAUGAUGAUGAAGAUGCUGAUGAGGAGGAGGAGGAGGAAGAAGAAGAUGAUGAUGAUGAUAGUGAUGAAGAUGAUGGUGAAGAAGUAGAUGAAGAGGAAGAAGAAUAUAGGCUUUAUUUGCAGCGCUGUAGUAAGAAAGAGAAAAUCAAAGAAGAGAUAAAGGAAGAAGAAUGCGAAGAAGAAGAAGAAGAAGAAGAUGAUGAUGAUGAUGAUGAUGAUGGUGAAGAUGAUGGUGAAGAAGUAGAUGAAGAGGAAGAAGAAUAUAGGCUUUAUUUGCAGCGCUGUAGUAAGAAAGAGAAAAUCAAAGAAGAGAUAAAGAAAGAAGAAUGCAAAGAAGAAGAAGACGGGGACAAUGAUGAUGAUUUCGCUGUUAUGCACAAUGUUGAGACUGUUGCUGGAGAUAUACAUCAAGCUGCAGAUAUUGUGUUUCCCUCGGAUGGGCUUCUUCUUCCAGAUCAGGCAGUGGAUUUUUUCAACCACAGCUCUAAAAGAGGGAUUGAUGAUGACGGCGACCAUUCCAUGGCCACUCAUUCUCUGGGUGCAAAUAAGAGAAUGAGGAUGGAAGAAGCUCCCUCUGAUAAACCAGAUGACCUCAUGUCAUGCAUCGAACGAAUACAAAGUUUGGUGGCAAGAGCUAAGAUAUUGAAUGAUGCAAGGGAGAAAAGUGAUCACGACUUCACUGUGCACACUCAUUUUUUGCUUGAAGAGGUGCAGAAGCGUGACAACGCGAUCCAACAGAUUAACAACAAUAUGUAUGAAGAGAUUAAAAAAAGAGAUGCCCAGAUUUAUCGACUCGAAAGGGAACUUUUCACAAUGGGCAAUAUUUUGGAUGCUUAUAGGAAGGCAUUGAAGAGUACUCGCCAGGAAUUCGCUGACUAUAGGCUGCGAGUUCAGCUUCCCGAGGAACCAAUUUACAAGGACGCGGGACCCGGCGGUCUAGUGUUGACCACUGCUGAAAUUGAAGCGCUUCGUCUCAAACAGCAAGAUGAGUUUAGGUCAAGCUGCAUGGUUCUGGAGAUGAGGGCAAAAGAGGCAGAAGAAGUUUUCGCUACUGAAUUUGAGAUGUAUAUGGAAAAAGUUCUUGCACUUGGAAGCAAGCUGACUGGUCUUUCUGACAAUCUCAAAGAAUUGCAUGACAAUAGAAAAGCUCUGAAAACUCAGCAAGCGGCUCACAUCACUGUUGAAACGCCGAAUGAUCCUCCAACAGAACCAAAAGCUGAGUAAGGUGUAGGAAAGAUGUGUUCUUGGGACGUUACUUGUGCGAAGUUGCAGGUUUUGAAACUUUCGACUGGUGCAAAUGGUAUUGUAUUGCAUUCUUGGUCAUGUAUUUUGUUUGUAAUCCUUUGAACUUCAAAAGUUUGUCAACUGCUUGUAUUUUGCUUUUAGUUUGACAAAAAAUGUUUUGAGAUGGCAUAUGGUGGCUUCAGUCACCUGGCAUU